AUGCUACUGUGCACCAUACUUGUCGGGUUAGCAAUUGGAACGGUAGCGGAUAUUCAAGUCAAAAUCGAACGGCAUUUCCCUUGUUCUUCAUCGACUGGUAAGUUUUUAUUCAAAUUGAACUCGGAAAAAAUUGAAAUAUUUUUCAAUUUUUUUUUUUUGUUUACCCACUAAUUUGACUAAAAAUCUUUUUUUACUCCGCCCUUAAUAUAUUUUUUUAAUCUGCCCAUGCCCUAACCAAAAAUUUUUUUCUUGCCCACGUUCUCAAUAAUUUUUUUUUUUCUUAUUCACGCCCAUAACAAAAUUAUUUUUCUACCCAUGCCUCUCCCAAAAAAACUUUUUUUUCUUACCUACGCCCAUAAUAAAAUUUUUUAAACUAAAUUUAAUUGAGCAGUUUUUCUCUGCCUCCUUCAAAAAGAUGUUUUCUCACCCACGCCCUUACAAACCACCCUCCAAACCCUAAUUGUUACCUAAAUUAAGGCCCGAACAAAGACAAUCUUCGGAUCAAGUUCCCCAGCUACAAAUCGACCGGUGUCAACUUCAAAGAAGAUGUUAACUCUCAAGGUAACAAAUGCUUUAAAAUGUCGGGUGGGCGAGUGGAGGUGUACCCACCUGGACUACCUGGCCAUAAGAGCUACUACGUGCAUCUGGAGACGCGGAUCGGGAUUCACGGUAAACCGGAACGAUGUGUGAACGCUGAUAAGGAUGGGUGUGGUGGUAUUGGGUCGUGGUAGGUUUUUGCUUUACUUUAAUGUUUUUAGUCAUACUGUAACUUUUUUAGUCAUACUGUAACUUUCUACUCAUACUUUAACUUUUUAUUCAUACUGUAACUUUUUAUUCAUACUGUAACUUUCUUAUCCAUAUUGUAACUUUUUUGGUCAUACUGUAACUUUUUUAGUCAUACUGUAACUUUCUAGUCAUACAGUAACGUCGAAAUUUCAAAUGUUUAAAUUUUGUUAUCUAAAAAUCGUCUUCAGACCUAUGUCUUAUUAUACCUACUAUAACAUAAAAAGAUUUCAAAACCUCUAACUUUCAGUGUUCAUUGUGACAUUUGUCGCACAAUGGGUGGCAAUUUGAGAAACUUUGUCCAAAUUUACCAAAACGUCCAACCAGCCAAGUGUAGCGCCGAAGGAUUGGCGACAGGAGAAUAUACUGAUCUGUCGUUGAGAAUAUGUCUACCUACUAAAAAUGAACUACUGCCAUUUUUGGAUCAGAACACCAGCCGAGCCGAGCAGCUAUGGGACAUUUUCGUUAGUAGCCGUGCUCGUUCCGGUGAGAUUCCACUGGUUAUCGCUGCCCGCCUCUUCGAUCGACCGGUCAACAAACUGUCGAUUAAGGAACUAAAUGACGCUUUACAUGGUUCUAAAGAUGGCAUGAUCGGAUGCCAUUGGAUCUAUGCUACUGUCUCUCAGAUUUAA